AUGACAGGCACUAAUAUUUCUGCCCGGUAUAGUACAACAGCGCCUGGAAUAGGUUGCAAAGAGCCACAAAGACCGGAGGAAUUAAGGAUCUUGAGUGGAGUUGCGAUGUGUAAAGUAUGCUACCGAGACUUUAAUGAAAGAAUUCUUGACGAAAAUGAUUUGCGAAGAGUAGAAUCUUUCACCACUGGAGAAGGAAAGGGGUUACUAGAUCCACCCGUUGGUUCUGUAAAUUCAAGCAUGGAAGACAAGUGA